GAGCUCUGGAUAUGUUCACAAUUAACUGAUCGUUCACAAAACAUCACUGUUACUCUGCUCCAGAUGUGAGUGUGACUCUGCUGCAGAUGGGAACGUAAUGAGUCAUUACAAGACGAGCUAACACCAAACUACAGCAGGCACCGCAUAACUGCACAAGAAGAUGACAUCUGAAAUCUACUUUGAGAGUGGCCCAGGUGGGAAUAACGCAAGUCUUCAAAGCACCACGGUGGGGGGCAGCAAGCCUUUACACCGCUUCAUUAAGGGUGAACCCAAGAUUAUUGGCAUCGUUGUGCUGGUCUUGGGCGUAUCUUUCAUCAUUAUAUCCGCUGCAUUGCAAGCAGACACUAUUGGACAUAUAUCAUCAAUCUUCCCACCUGGAAACCUGCUGGGAACACUGUACAUCUUGUGUGGGAUUCUAUACAUUCUGACAGAGCACAACCCAACCAAAAAAAAAGUGACCAUGUCCUUGGCUUUGAGUAUUGUCACUAUACUAGGGGCAUUUUGGAUUAUAUUGACCAGACUGCCAUAUAUAGUGCACAGCCACUUCUACAGGCACUAUGAGUACCUGGAAGGCAAUUCAACAGAAACUGAGGAAGCAGCAUGGGUCUCAGAUUAUGAGGACAUGGGAAUAACUCUGGAAGCCAUCUUUGUGUUCUACAGUUUUGUUGGUGCAAUUAUUUUCAUUGUAAUGUCAAUUCUGGCUGGGGCUGCCCUGCGUUCCACUAAGAGCCAGGUCAUUCUAAUGAUGUCUACUACACCGACUGAAACGCCUGCUGAAUUAUAACCACAAGAAGAAGGGUUGAAGUGUGACACGCAGACAAAGACACCAAAAUAUUUCUCUUUCAGGGCACAACAGGAUUUCUAAAUAUACAUUUUUACCAGCAUGUUGUGGUGACUGUAUACAAUGCAAUACAGAUACAACUAUAGGUAUCUAUGUAUAAUAUGUAUUGCAAUGUGGUGUUUCUGUGAUCUGUUACAUGUUCCAACACUAUGUGAGCACUGUACUUCCCUAUUUUGGAUGUUUGCAACAUAACUCAACAGGAUGGUGGCAUCGCACUUUCUGCUACUUAAUCUGCAGUGUCUGCUGUUGACAAGAGAAAGGUCUGGUUAAAACCACAGUUCUUCUCAGAAACAAGACCAUUACAAUGUAUAGCCAUGCAAGCAGCUCUGUGAAGAUGUAACUGAGUACAGCAGUACUUUCGUAUGACAACAUGCCCACAAUGACAAUGCUAUGUUUUGUAACCCUAACACACACACCUGACCCCCAAUCCUAACCAUCUCACUACUCAUGCCUAAACCUAACCAAGUAGGUGUGUCAUGUAGGUACUGCAAAUCCACAGACAGACCUGCUUGGACUUCACCAGACAGGCACUGAUUUAAUUACCCACAAUUCAUUGCAAUAGGAAUGUGACCUUUUUCAUAGUUUUUCCCAAUUUCAGACAAAAAAACAAACAAAAACAAACUCUUUAUAAAUGUGUAAAACACAGACUGUAUUCAAAUGUUACUUGAAUUAUGAAGGUCUGGAAUAAUAUUCAGAUCAUGAUACAGAAAUAUGUAGAAGUUGGCUAUAAGGUAAUCGAAAUGCAUUCUAUUAUUGUACCCUACCCCAUUAACGCUGUGCAGUUUAAUGCCAAUAUAGGCUGACAAACAAUAAAAGAAGGUCUUGUAAUAACCAAUUUA